AUGAGCACCCAGGAAGUAUGCUCCCCAGUCAAUCAGGGGCAUCAGGUCAAAGAGGGACUUGUUAGACUUCAUGGUCUAUGUGAAGAUGGCAUGUGCGAUACCCUGAGGGCUCCCAGCGACCGCUCUCCAUACCCUCUAUCUUCUCUCGACCACAACCCCCUUGGAAUGAACGUCACCUUUUUGCUGUUCUUCCAGGCCACGCAACCCGGGGAAAGCAUUCGUGUCCUCGAGGAUGGCAUCAAACUACUGCUGAAGGUCCACCCCUUCCUUGUAGGGGACGUGACUCGCCGGACGGAGUCCAGCCAAACGAAGUAUGCUUGGCAGAUCGAACCAGAAGCCCCAGAGUCGCUUGUCCAGUUCCCUAUGCUCCAGAUACGAAAUUCCCAGACCGAGUCGAUCAGUGAAAUCCAAUCAAAAUGCCUCAUAUCGGGCGCCGAGGAGCAGGAGAUCAUAAGUCGGCUGGCCCCGUUGCCUAUCGACAUGGAUAUUUCGUUACCACGAAGGCCGAUUCUACGCUUUCAAGCAAAUGUCAUGUGCGAUGGGGUUAUUCUCGCCAUGACGUUUCAUCAUUCUGCAAUGGAUGGCGCAGGCGCUGCGCGAGUCUUGGGCCUUCUAGCCGAUUGCUGUAGGGACCCAACGGCGACUUCUUCUGCAAAUUUACUGCCAGACUGGCAGUUGCGAUCGGAGAUUGAACGUCUUGUCUCAGAAAGCAGUUCUAGUUCUUCAAAGGCGGAUUUCAGCCAGCACUAUUGCGGCCUCGGAGAAUGGGCAGCGCUACUCGCACAUAAUUGGUCGGGAUUCGUCCGGGCGAGAGCCACCGAGCUUGUAACCUGGAGAUUGACGAUUCCCGGUUCUAAGAUCGAGUAUUUGAAGGGAGCUUGCAAUGCCCUGGUAAAGGGACAAACAUCUGCCCAGGAUAAUGGGAGGCCAAAUCCGGGGUUCCUGUCCAGUAACGAUAUUGUGAGCGCCCUGAUGGCUAUGAUACUUCGACAAGCGGGACAAUUGGCUGGUAAAUCUACCGAACUGUCAAUCGCGGUGGACAUGCGCGGCAAUCUCAAAACGCCAGCCUUUGAUGACUAUCUGGGAAACAUGGUGCUACUGACAUACACGCCAAUCCAACCUGGGAGGAACGAGUCCCCGGUCGAUGGCGCAGAUCCUUCGGUGGAAUUGCGCCAGGAGUGUCUGGAAGAGCUCAUGCAGAUUGCAGCUAGUAUACGCCAGAGCCUUCUGGCAGUCGAUGCAGACUACAUCCAAGACGCUCUAUCCCAUCUCCACUCGCAGGCUGACUGGGCGGAGACUGGAUUCCGGGGAGUUCCCAUCCCCUUGAGCAGCUUCAGAAAUUUUGGAAUCUUCGGACUGGAUUUUGGGGAGAGUUUUGGAGCGCAGCCUCGAGGGUUCCAACUGCAUGUGCCUGUCUUGGGGGGAAUGUGUUUUAUCCUUCCAAAGCGUCGGGAUGUUCAGGCAAGUACGGAGCCGUGGGACUUGCAUCUGACUCUGAAUCGUGAUGAUCAGUCUCUGUUAGCAAAGGAUCCCUUGUUCUGCUGGGCUACAGGAUGGCAGCCAUAG